ACCCCGGAAACACUUCUCAUUUUACAGUCUAUGGAAGCACCACCGCUGUGUUAGCAAAACUACACUACUGAUCAGACUUCCUCCCAAAUGUAUGUUCAAUGAAACGGUACUCGCGAAUGAAACGGGAGUCUAUGUAACGUUAAAGGAUAAAACAAUACCGAGGAGUUUUUAAGAAGCGCUAACGUUACCUAGUGUUGCUUAGCUAGCUAACGUUCCACAGGAGGCUUCGCGUUAGCCAAGUUAGCAGUUAGCUAACUGGCUCAACGGUCUAACACAAGCAAGCACAAACGGUAAAAGAAGAACCCUCUCCAGCUGUUUUGAGGUCUCUUCAAAAUGGAUGUCAGCAUUGCCGUGUCGCUGAUUCGAGGUCAGAUGGGUACUGUGGUUGAGCGAGCAGUGAACGGAGCGGUGGAGACAGUGCUGGCCGAAAUGCUCAAAGUGGUCGGAGUCAAAUUUGAGGAACUGAAAGCCCAAGUUGCGCUGAUGAAGAGGGACGUUGCAUCAUUGCAGCGGGAAAAGGCCCAGAAAGAGAAGGAGAAUGACAACAUUCGAGCCAAGCUGCGUUACACCGAGCUGAAGUUGAAAUACUACAGACAGGGAGUGGAGGAGGAGCUGCAACAGAGAGCCUCUACCUCCACUCUGGUUCGCAUCCAUCCGUCCUCCUUUCUUCAAGGACAGAGAGGUAGCGGAUGUGUUUCCUCUGCUGAGACCUCUCCCUCAUGCUCGACUCAGAGCAGGACCUCUGAAGGAUCACUGACAAUAAGCAAUCAAGAAUGCACCUCUCCACACAGCACAAGCAGACGUACAGUCAGAAUGCGCUCCCAUUCAGAUGUGGAAGUUGCCACCUCUGACCCGUCUGACCUGCUGCUGCCCGUCUCAGUCUCUGUGAACACACCGACAGAAUCUCUGGACAGCAGUACAGUUUUAUUUUGUCCUGCAGAACAAGACACAGCUCAGAGCAAAGAUGAAGAUCAGGAGGACGACUGUGAGUGGACCAUCACCCUGCAGCCACAUACAGGAGAUGUGGAUGAUGUUGUUGUCCCUGCUCCUGUCCAGACUCUGACUUUGGAUCCAGGGCAGCAGUCAGCAGCUGGUUUUGCGUCCCCUGAUGGCUCCACCCAGGCCGACAGCUCCACGCUGCCCUCUGCUCCUCUGCAGGUGAAGCAGGAGGCCCAGGAGCCGCAGCAAGAGGAGGAGGAGGAGGAGGUGAUCUGUAUCAAAGAGGAGCCAGAGGAAGAGCAGGAGGUGAUGGCAACCCUUCUGCUGGACUGUCAGGUGCAGCAGGGUCAUCUUCAAGAGUCAGAGACUCAAAGGUCGGUAACAGAGUGGUCGGCAAUUCCAGCAAGCCAAAGAAAUCACACUGCAGCCUCCAGCUCAGCCGGACCAAGCGCCUAUCCGAUGCCUCAGCCAGUAGCCUCCCAGCAGUCAAUGGUGGCUUUGCCAUCUGGCAUCCCACCUCGCCAGGCAGUGCGGCCCUGGACUAAAGACCUCAGCCUUUAUGAAGAGUACAAACUGCGCAGGAAUGAGCUCCGCAGGCGAAGCAUCACCAGACGCAGAGAGUUGGAGAAGACGCUGCCUCAGCCGCUGCUCGCAGAUCUAGUGCGAGAGCGUCGAGAGAAGACCAGACUGAGGGUGGCCAGAUGGAGGGCAAAAAGGAAACUCCAGGCGUGUAUUAACCAGGCUCAGGCUCUAGGUGGCGCUGCAGGUCUUUCUCAAAACGGCUUUCCCAUCAGCAGUCAGCAUCAGCAGCUCACAGUGUCUUGUGCUGCGACGUCCAGCAGUCAGCAGAGACAGAGCUCAGCGCUGCCGCAGUCCAACAGCUUCCUCAGCAACACAUCAGCAGCAAACAGCAUCUCUGCCACUCUCCCCUUCCUCCCCUCCACCUCCUCCUCUACUCUGCUCCUGAGAGGCUCCAACAUGGCUCCACAUCAGUACACGGUCACAACAUCUUCACCAUCCUCUUCCUACCCCCAGGUCAGCCUACAGCAGAGUAUCUCUCUGACAGACACAGAUAUCUUGCAAUGAACUAGAGAUUUUUAAUAACGUGUUUGUCAAAUUGGUGUUCAUGAACAAUCAGUCACAUACAUAGCCAUCAAGCAUUUGGUCUUAUUUGCUUACCUUACAUUGAACUUCUAUUAACACAGUAACAGCAGAGCCAAUUUCAUUCAUUUCUUUAUUCAGCAUAAAUGAAAAGCAUUAUGGAUCUUCAACAGGUUAAAAUUAAAAGCACCUUAUCCCUACACGUAUGUACAGACAAAAUGCAUCACCUUGUUUUUGUCCUUACGUUAAAUCACAUACUCUAUAAAAUGUCAAACAUUCAAAUAAAAACACAACAUUCAGAUUCUUAUAUAAACUCAUUCUCCUACACAGGAAACAUAAAUUAUUUUAAAGUGUAUUUAUGCAGAAACCUUCAAAGCUAUCUUUUUAAGUUAUCGUUAUCUUUCUUGUUCGUCUUUACUGUUGAUGUGUUUUAUAGUUAAAUGUUUGUUUGAUUUGACUGAAAUAUUACGGAGCAUGGGAAGAGACAUGGAGGGGAAAAAAUUAAGUUGAGGACAAAAAAUGUUUACUUUUAUGAGCUCUCACUAUAACUUUUCAUUUAGGACACCAUACCUCAAAGUCAGUUGGGCACCAUGGAAACAACCACAAUGAUGGAAGUGCAAACCAUAGGGCAGGAUGUCACAGCAGGCUGGUGGCCAGCUGCGGAGCUGGGUCUAACCUGUGUAACGGCAGUAACAGAAAG